AUGUCAACCCGCACAGCCCCGGUCCCUGACCGCUUCGACUUUUCUGCACCGCAGAAAUGGCCUCUGUGGCGAGAACGAUUCUCGACCUACCGCCUUGCUACCAAGCUUCACAAGGAAGAUGGUGAGGUACAGGUAGCAGCUCUGAAAUAUGCGUUGGGUCCGGACGCUGAGCCUGUGUUCCUGCAGCUUCAGUUUGACGCAGACGCUGAUAAGAAAGACUUCGACAAAGUGCUCAAGAAGUUUGGUGACUAUUUCACCCCGAAGACGAAUCUAUUCCACAAGCGGAUGGUGUUCGAGCGUGCAGCGCAGCGUCCAGGUGAGACGGUGGAAGAGUUUCUCCGUCGUCUGCACGUGAUAGCUGAGACAUGCCAGUUCGGAAAUAACAAAUCCGAUCGCAUUCGUGACCGUUUCGUUGCCACCUUGCUAGAUGAGAAAUUAGCAACGGACUUGCAGCUGACGGACAAUCUGACCUUGGAAAAGGCUACAGAGAAAGCUCGCGGGUACGAGCUCGUCCGCCAGCAAGUCGCCUCACAGCGCGGCCAUGCCAGUGCUACACCUGCGUCAGCCGCUGUCGCUGGCGCUUCUGCUGCUCCUCGUAAGAGCACAGGAUCGUUCAAGAGUAAGUCUGAUGGACCUGCCGGCAGUCAGUCUCACAAUCUCUGCAUGUUUUGUGGUGGUAAGUUACAUACCCGCGACCGCUGUCCUGCUCGGGAUGUUACCUGCCGCAGCUGCUCCAAGAAAGGCCAUUACGCCCGUGUGUGUCGCUCAUCCAAGAAGGGGUCACACUCAUCUUCCAGGCAAUCCAGUAGCUCUGGUGCACAUUCUCUGGCCACACAGGACGAUCCGGGUGUGACUGAGGAUUGGGCCUACUUGGAUUUAGAUAGUAUCGCAUCUGGCAGCAGUCCAUGGAUGUGUGAUCUUCUGUUGUACUGGAAGUCCGUACCGUUCAAGAUUGACACUGGAGCGGAUAUCACUGUGAUUACUCCAGCAACUUACGAAUCUCUCAAGUCACCACCGCCUCUGAGCUCUCCUACAACACGGUUGACAGGAGCCAAUGGUGAUCGCAUCGACUGCAAAGGCACAUUCAGCGCAACUUUGUCCAGCCCAAAGCUCAGUUCCUCGCAGCACCAGCUGGAGAUUCACGUUCUGACACGGGGCAAAUCCAACCUCCUGAGUCGCGAAGCCUCACAAGUGGGCUUUGUGUUCAAAGGCAUCUCAGAAGCGAAGCAGCCACCUCUUGGACGAAUGCUGGGUGAGCCCGUCAAGAUCGCUCUGAGACCUGAUGCCGUUCCGUACCAGUGCUCAACAGCUCGUCGCGUGCCGAUUCCGAUCCUGCCGAAGGUCAAAGCAGAGCUUGUCCGCAUGGAAGCUGCCGAUGUCAUUACAAAGAUAACAGAGCCUACGGACUGGUGCGCACCCAUGGUACCCGUUGCCAAAAAGAACGGCGACGUCCGGAUCUGCGUAGAUCUGCGACGUCUGAAUGCUUCGGUCAGGCGCGAAACCUUCAUCCUGCCCACCGUCAACGAGACAUUGGCGAAGCUGAGUGGUGCAACAUGCUUCACCACCCUGGAUGCAGCGAAAGGUUUCUGGCAGGUGCCUCUUGAUGCCGAAACAGCUAAGCUCACCACGUUCAUCACGCCAUUCGGACGUUACUACUUCCGUCGACUUCCGUUUGGCAUAACAUCGGAGCCAGAAAUUUUCCAGCGCAAGUUAAUGCAAUACCUGGAUGGCCUUCCAGGGGUGUGCGUCUUCAUGGACGACAUCCUGGUCUUUGGUGCGACAGUCGAGGAGCACGAUGCUACCUUGGAGAAGGUCCGAUCAAUCCUGCGCAAUGUUGGUGUCGCCCUUAACCCCGACAAGGAACAUGUUCGCCAAUCGUCAGUUGAGUUCUUGGGCCAUGUCGUCUCCGCUGAUGGAGUCAGCCCCAGUCAGCAGCGCCUCGCCGCUAUCUCCGAGCUCCAGGCACCAGCCGAUCUCCCUGCGCUACGUCGCGUGCUGGGUAUAUUUAAUUAUCUCAGCAAGUUUCUGCCGGAAAUGGGCACCGUCUCUCAGCCGCUCCGAUUGCUCCUCCGCGCUGACACGGUCUGGUGUUGGGAUGCUCCCCAAGAAGAAGCUUUCCAACGACUCAAACAACUCGCUAGCCAGUCUCCUUGCCUAGCAUUCUACGACGUCUCUAAGCCAACUCUUCUGCGAGUUGAUGCCAGUGGCUAUGGUCUGGGAGCUGUUCUCCUCCAGCAGCAGUCAGCUGGCUGGCAACCUGUCGCCCGGGAUCUAGAUCGAGUGCCACUUCGUUACCAGCGUCUGCUACUUCGACUGGCUCGUUUCGACGUCACUGCCGAGCAUGUCCCCGGCCAUGAUCUCGUUGUGGCCGAUGCUCUCUCUCGAGCACCACUACCUACCACCGUCUCUACCUCGUCUGUUCUGACUGACGAGAUUGCUUCUCUUGCCGAUUCAGCUGGCGAAGAGUACAUGUCGUCUGGAUUCUCGCUUGCCCUACGAGAUGCCACCCAGGCUGACCGCGUCCUGCAGCAAGUUGCUAAGUUUGUUCAGUCUGGCUGGCCUGAUCACAGCAAGGACGUCCCUGCUGACGUCCUCCCAUACUUUGCCGACCGCCAGCAUCUCUCUGUUGCCAACGUUCGUAUCUUCUAUGGUGCACGUGUGGUUGUGCCUGCAUCUCUGCGUGAUAUGGUCAUCCGCAAGCUGCACACAUCUGCUCAUCACGGUAUCGUCAAGUGCCAGGCGCAGGCCCGCCAAUCUGUCUGGUGGCCGUCCUGGAAGAAUGACGUCGCUUCUGCUGUUACGCAAUGUCGCACAUGCUGUCAGCACCGUAGCCAACCUCCUGAACCUCUCCGACCGACUGAGUUUCCGUCACUCCCGUGGCAGCGAGUUGGUUCUGACCUGUGUCAAUUCGGUAACACAACAUACCUGGUGGUUGUCGACUACUACUCGCGCUAUGUUGAAGCCUUGCCUCUCCGUUCCACCACGUCUGCCUCUGUCAUCACUGCUAUGAAAGCCAUCUUCGCCCGGCACGGUGUGCCUGAGACUCUCGUCACGGACAAUGGGCCGCAGUAUGCAAGUGAUGAGUUCGCCCGGUUUAGCUGUCAAUGGAACUUUGAUCACGUGACGAGCUCGCCGCAUCACCCGCAAAGUAAUGGGGAAGCAGAGCGUGCAGUACGCACUAUCAAGCAGCUUCUAGCGAAGUCGGACGACUUCCAACUGGCUCUCCUCACCUACCGUAGUACGCCACUUCAGAGCGGGUUCUCGCCAUCACAGUUACUAAUGUGCCGCAGCCUCCGUGGUACGCUACCGGUGGAACCCUCCACUCUCCUGCCGACGCUCCCUGCAGGUAAGAAGCUGAGGGAGUUGGAGCAACAUCGCCGAGCACAGUCAAAGGAUAACUUUGAUAAACGUCACCGGACCAAGCCUCUCCAGCCCCUGCAGCCUGUCUACAAACUUGAUGCACACGGAACACUUCAAACAUUCUGCUAA